UGACAGAAUUAUAUUUUCCUCAUUUUUUUCCUUCUUUCUUUUUUUAUCCCCCUCUCUCACUCUAGAGCACUUGUAAUGUUAAGAAGUGCAAUACAAGAAAUGAUCAUUAUAAUUUUUCUCAAGUGUGUGUUGCACAAGAAAUGUUAUGUAUACUCUAUUGUCAUUGUCAUUCCCGCCUCUUCAUUGUUGGCAUGCAUGAGUGGGGUAGUGAGACUAGUGGCGACUGUGGUUGGUUUAUUAUUAUUAUUAUUUGCAUCAAGUGUAGGUAUGGUAUAGAAAACUUAUGUUCACAUUUUUAUUAAUUGAAAAUAGUUAAUUAAUUAUGGUUAUUAAAAUUUGAGGCCGUCUCUGUCUCGAUGGCUUUGUCAGAAGUUGAAAACAAGGAAUUGUCUGCCAAGUUAGUCAGACUCAACGAUGCCGUCAGUCCAUGGAAACUAGAUGUCAUUAAGCUAGUGGCUAAACACGCUUUUGAAAUAGGACAGGAAGAUCUUGAGAAGGCCGAUCUCCUCACUUCAGUAUACACUCUUCUAGAGGAAAAACAUGGUAGCACUGCCUUUAAUGUUCUCAUUGUGAUCCUCAAGCGUUUGGACGUGCAACUGUCACUGGUCGAUGCUUUAAAAAAACAUGUUAAACAAAAUGAGAUAGUUAUUGAGGGCAAUCUGAGAAUGAUGGAUUUUAUUCUAACUGUCUCCUGUAUCUUGUGGAGUUUAGAUAACAAAAAAUAUCUUUCUUUACGGGAGCUGGCAAGGCGUAUUGUUUUACCUCAUUUUGAUUCUUUAAACAUCACAUCAAGGACUCACCUGCUGCAGCUCCUUUUGGAAGGAAACCAUCUCACACCAAACUCUUUUUGCUACCUUUUUGUGUGGCUGGAAGUGGUUGGUUGCAGUCUGUAUCAUAACAACCUAAAAGAGUAUUGCAAGCGUCACCAUGUUGAGGUGCCUGAUUGGAAAAGCCUCGUAGCACCAUUAAAAAAGGAAUAUCCUAAUGCUGGUGAGAGUAAGUACAAUACUCAUCCUCGGUCUUGUCCUAGAAGCUUCCUUGCUACCAGGAGUCUUCCUCCUGCUGCUAUAAGAGAUGGUGGCAUGAUUGAUUCUCAAUCUUUGAGUGUCAAAUCAAAACCCGCAACUCCUUUUCUUAGUAGUGGAAGACAAAAACCUGACCUCACUCCAUCUCCAACUGCUUCAUAUAUGUAUCAUGAUUCUAGUACAGAACAUCCGGUUGAAGCAUCAUCAGGUCCUACUCUUAUGGUUGCAGCAGCAAGAUGUGUACCAAAUACUAAUAUAGUUCUAGUGCCUGGUUAUCAGGAAAAAACCUCAGGUGAGGGUAUUGAGACCAAUCGCCAGUUCCAUAUGGAAAAUGAUGAUGAAACCACUGAUGAGAGUAUGAAUAGUGCUGAAUUACAUCAUCUUCCUGAAUCAGAGAUGGUAUCAGAAGGAAUUGAAAAGGAGAAACUUCAUGUAGGCAAAUGGCCGUCAAGUAAAUUAAUUCAAGGGAAUGGAUCAAUCAAUAAUGUUCCUGCCAUCAAAGCUGAUGAUAUACCACUAAUAUCCACUGUGGGCAUUGAUGUGUCACAAAUAAUAAGAAAAAACAAAGAACGAGUUUGUCUACAAAAAUGUCAAAUUUGCAAACUAUUAGUUAUCACUGCUCUUGUGAUAUGCAUUAGUGCAGUAUCAGGUGGAAUGACCUACUACUAUAUAGGACCAAGCCCUGGUGACACCAGUGUAACACUAGCUGAAAAUGCUACAGUUAACAUUGGCUGUUUUGAUCUCCUUCAUAUUGGGUACUUUGCUAUAUCAGCCAUAGCUCAGACAUCGUUUAAAUUUGUUGCUGUUCCUUCUUCUUCUGUUGUAGCUAAAAAAAUCACAUUCCCAGUCGUGAGUAAUAAAAGAGCUGGUACUGGCUACUAUAUUCCUCUUAACUAUUAUCACAUAGCUUUCGAUUAUCCACUGUAUAGUGCUGGUUCAGGAACACUGUCCUAUCAUAUUAAUUUUAUAAACUUUGACUGUCAGGAAUCUGAUACCUCUUCAUAUUUUCAUUCCUAUCUCUACAACUCGCAUGACUUGUAUGAUGAAGUUUUAAAGAACUUGGGACCAGCCAGAGGGUUUAUUGACAAAUUUGCUUUCUGCCCAAAUUCGACAAACAAAGUUUUUAACUUCACUUUUCCACUUCCAACUGUCGGUUUCUACUACGUUGCUGCCUAUAUGCCGUAUAAUAUGAACAUUGAUGCUAGAAUUUCUGCUGAAGUACCUACCUAUAACAUAACAUAUUUAGAAGGUUUAAGUACGCUGCAAAGCUGUCUGUUGGAUGAUGGCAAGUGCUUGCUGCAAGUAGGACAUAAUUCAGUACACACUCAUUCUGAAAACAUAUGCAUUUUAGCUUCGUCAUCAUCAGACCUUUAUGGUGGGACUAUUGAUGGAAUUUUAACUCCUAAACUCUACCUCUUCAAUGUUGGUAGUGUUUCUUUUUUUAUAACUGGAUUAAUAUUAAUAAUUAUGUGUCCCUGUAUAUUUUGUGCUAUUAAUAAAAUUUGUGUUUGUAUAAAAAGUAAUCGAAAUGCCUAUGAAAGAUUGGAGUGAUAUUUUGUCUCAGUGACUUGUAUUUUUGUUAAUGUAUAUUGGACAUUAUUAUUUAUCAUAACUUUUCUUCGACUGUGAUGCUAAUAUUUUUAUUCAUAAUA